AGUGGAAGAAAUUAGAAUCGAGGACGACGAUGGAGAAAAAAAUUCUCGAGUAUUUGCAACCGAGCGAUGAGGUUAACGACGGCGGUGAGGCAGAGCGACUGGAAGAGGAGUUCUCACGGGAAGGAAGAAGCUUCUACGAGGUUUUUAGUCUCAGAGGAAUCCGAGUCAACCGGGUCGACCCAGGUUUCAUUUCCUGCUCUUUCAAGGUCCCCCUUCGUUUGACGGAUACUGACAGGAAUCUAGCUAAUGGUGCGACUGCGAAUCUUGUGGAUGAAGUUGGUGGAGCGCUUGUACAAAUCGAAGGCUUACCUCCUUGUGUUUGUGUUGACAUGUCUAUUGCAUUCCUUUCUAAGCUCGGUGAGGAGUUGGAGGUAACGUCGAGAUUGUUAGGCGAGAGAGGACGUUAUAAAGGAACACUUGUUGUAGUGAGAAACCAGAGGACCGGAGAGGUUAUAGCAGAAGGUCGUCAUUCUUUGUUUGGCAGGCAAGCUAGUAAGCUCUGAGGGUUACAUUUAUCUCAUGGAUCCUAAACUCCUCUGCCCGAACGGUUCUUACCCAAACCCGACCCGAGAAACCCGUACGUGACAAUUAGAAAAGCUAUGUAUUUUUCGUCUGUUUGUUUUGUGUUACUAACUUGUUUUGUUAUUUUAAAUAAUUUUGGGAGUUUAAUAAUCUUACACAACGUUUACUA